CGGCGGGGAGCGGCGGGGAGCGGCGGGGGGGGCCGGGCCCUGCGAUGGCGGCGCCCCCGCGGCGGCGGGCGCGGCUGCGGGCGCUGGCGCUGGACCGGGAGGCGCUGGGUCUCGAGGCGCUGCUCGACCUGGUGCUGGGGCUCAGCGGGGGGCUGCGGCCCCGGCCGCCCCCCCGCCCCGCCGCCGCCGCCCCCGCCGCCGCCGCCCCCGGCACCGGCACCGGCACCGGCACCGGCGGCGACCGCCACGUCCGCGACUUCCUGCGCUGGGUGGAGCCGGUGGCCGCCCGCAUCCGGGAGCUGCAGCUGCAGCGCAGCGACUUCGAGAUCCUCAAGGUGAUCGGCCGGGGCGCCUUCAGCGAGGUGGCCGUGGUGCGGAUGAAGGAGUCGGGGCAGAUCUACGCCAUGAAGAUCAUGAACAAGUGGGACAUGCUGCGCCGCGGCGAGGUCUCCUGCUUCCGGGAGGAGCGGGACGUGCUGGUGAACGGCGACAAGCGCUGGAUCACCCAGCUCCACUUCGCCUUCCAGGACGAGCACUUCCUGUACCUGGUCAUGGAGUACUACGUGGGGGGGGACCUGCUGACGCUGCUCAGCAAGUUUGGGGACCGGCUGCCGCUGGACAUGGCCCGCUUCUACCUGGCCGAGCUCGUCAUGGCCAUCGACUCCGUCCACCGCCUGGGCUACGUGCACAGGGACAUCAAACCCGACAACAUCCUCCUGGACCGCUCGGGCCACAUCCGCCUGGGCGACUUCGGCUCCUGCCUCAAGCUGGGGGCGGACGGCACGGUGCGCUCGGCGGUGGCGGUGGGGACCCCCGACUACCUGGCGCCCGAGAUCCUGGAGGCGGUGGAGGACCCCGGCCGCUCCUACGGGCCCGAGUGCGACUGGUGGGCGCUGGGCGUCCUGGCCUACGAGAUGUUCUUCGGGCGGCCGCCCUUCUUCGCCGACUCCCUGCCCGAGACCUACGGCAAGAUCCUCCACUUCGAGGAGCACCUGGAGCUGCCGGGGGCCGGGGGGGUGCCGGCGGCGGCGCGGGCGCUGGUGGCCGGGCUGCUGUGCGGGCGCGAGGCCCGGCUGGGCCGCGGCGGUGCCCCCGACUUCCGCCCGCUGCCCUUUUUCGGGGGGCUCGACUGGGCCGGGCUGCGGGGCAGCGCCCCCCCCUUCGCCCCCACCGCCGCCGGCGCCGCCGACACCUCCAACUUCGACGUCCUCGACGACUGCCUCAGCGAGCCCGACCCCCCCGGGGACCCGGCGGAGCAGCCGGACCUGGCGCUGCAGCUGCCCUUCGUGGGCUACUCGUACGCCCGCGGCCCCCCCGGGGAGGAGGAGGCCGAGGACUGGGGACUGGGAGCAGGACGCGGCCAUGGAGCUGGAGGGCGAGUGGGGGACCCCCCCCGAGCCGGAGCCGGACCCCCCCCCCGACAUGGAGGAGCUGCCCGCCGGGGGGGCCCCCCCGCCCGCAGAGACCCCCCCACCCAUGGGGACCCCCCCGGCUGCAGAGACCCCCCCGCCCGCAGAGACCCCCCCACCCAUGGGGACCCCCCCGGCUGCAGAGACCCCCCCGCCCGCAGAGACCCCGCCGGCCACGGGGACACCCCCGCCCGCGGGGACCCCCCCACCCAUGGGGGCACCGCCAGCCACAGGGACCCCCCCAGCCACGGGGACCCCCCCACCUAAGGGAGCACCCUCUGCCAUGGGGCCCCCCCCAGCCACAGGGACCCCCCCACCCAAGGGGAACCCCCCACCCACGGGGGCCCCCCCGAGGACAGCGA